GAGCCCUUGCGGCGGGGCGGUCCCGGGCAUGCUGGCGGUGCGGGGCGCGGGCGCGGCGCUGCGGCGGGGCCGGUUGCCUGCGGCGGGGGCCGGGGCUGGGGCCGUGCAGCCGGGCUCCCCCCCUGGCCCCGCUGCCCCCCCGCCGCUCGCCGUGGACCUGCGGAGCGACACGGUGACCCGGCCCAGCGCGGGGAUGCGCCGCGCCAUGGCCCGCGCCGCCGUGGGCGACGAUGACUACGGGGAGGACCCAGCAGUCAACGAGCUGCAGCGCCUGGCCGCAGGGAUCCUGGGGAUGGAGGAGGCUCUUUUUGUGCCUACGGUCACGAUGGCAAACCUCAUUGCCGGGGUCUGCUGCAUGCUGUGUGCUGCAUGGGACCUGCCGUGUGCAUGCACCAGGGAGGGCAGGCCGUGCCCCGCAGCCGCUGCGGGCAGCCCCCAGCCGACACUCCCAGCACCUCUGGGACAGAGCGGGCGCCCCGUGCCCGCAGGAGGCCGCGCUGCUGCGUGCCCAGCCUUCCUGCAUCGGAGCGACCAGCGCGGGCAGCCCGUGGGCCCCUGGCUGAGCCUGCCUGGGCUCCUGCACGUGCUGCCCGCAGUGCCCCCUCCCUCACGGCCCCUCUCCCUCCCAGUGAUGUGCCACUGCCAGCGCCGGGGGGGGCAGCUGCUCCUGGGCCGGGACGCCCACCUGCACCUCUACGAGCACGGCGGGGCCGCGCAGGUUGCUGGCGUCCACUCCCAGGCACUGCCGGACCUGCCAGAUGGCACCUUCGACCUGGACCAGCUGGAGCUGACCAUCCGCGAGGCCCAUGGCAGCCGGUACCACCUGCGUCCCGAGCUCAUCUGCCUGGAGAACACGCACAGCUCGGCGGGGGGCCGGGUCCUGCCCCUCACCUACCUCCAGCAGGUCCGUGGGCUUGCUGACUGCUAUGGGCUACGGGUGCACAUGGACGGGGCACGGCUGAUGAACGCGGCAGUGGCUCAGGACGUGGAGCCAGCUCACAUCACCCAGCACUGUGACUCUGUGUCCCUGUGCUUCUCCAAGGGCCUGGGUGCCCCGGCUGGUGCGGUGCUGGCUGGACGCAGGGAGUUCGUCGAUGAGGCCUGGCGUGCACGGAAGCUGCUGGGUGGGGGCAUGCGGCAGGCAGGCGUGCUGGCAGCCGCUGCCCGCGUUGGACUGGGGCACAUGGAGGCAACACUGCGCAGAGACCACAACAACGCCCGAUGCUUUGCUGAAGGCAUCCAGGAGCUGAACUCACCCCUCUGCUCCAUCAACCUCAAGGCGGUGGAGACAAACAUUGUGAUGGUGAGCAUCAGGGGGGACUGGCCGUCCCCUGCAGAGCUCUGCGAGCAGCUGCGGGCAGUAAGUGAGGAGGAGGUGGCCGAGACUGGCCAAGCUGUCAGUGUCCUGCUGUUCCCCUGGUCAGCACGCACUGUGCGUGCGGUCUGGCACCACGAUGUCUCGGCCCGUGACACUGAGCUCGCAAAGAACAAGCUGGAGUUUGUGGCCAGAAAGUGCCAGGAGAAGCUGGCCCGGGGACUGUGGCCAACUUCUCCGAGCGCAGGGGGAGCCUGAGCAUCCUCCCAGCCCCAGCCCCAGGGCAGCUGCCUCCCCUGGGUGCUGCAGGCAAGCUGGCAGGCUGGAGCAGCUGUCCCAGCCCUGUCCUGGCAGUCAGCAGCAAGGGGGCUGGUACCAGUCACAGCAUGCUCCAGGCAUGUUCCCAGCUGGCUGCAGCAUAACAUCCAUCCCCACAAACCAGUGUGAGCCCAGCCCCGGGGAGGCUCCAGCCCACCCCUGCAGCAGGAGCAUGCACCUCCCAGAACAUACCCAGAGGGACAGAGGGGAGCCCACAUCUCACACCACCACUUGGACCCCUCUGAGACAGCAUCCCUGCCUCACUAGUCACCCAGCAAACACAUCCUCAGAGCAUCCUCUGGUCCUCUACAGAAGCUCUGCUUCUUAAAUUCCCACAGGGAGCACCCAAAAGCAGAGCCAGACACCCCCAGCCCCAAAGGCCACCUGCUGUGCUUGGCCUAUGGGCACCACAUGUGCAAGGAUGCAGCAGUGGGGAGACUGAUCCUGAGGGAUGGUCGGGGCACAAAAUAAACAUGUUCUGGCAGUGC